AGGACGGUGAAGGGAGAAGCCAUGUGUGAACUAGGGAGCCCUCAGCUUCUAACCAAGCUGGCCGGGCUAUUUAAUCAACGCUGAUCCAAGAACAGGAGCAGAACGUUACCUAGCAGACCUUGAGGUUUUGCAUUGGUGCCACGGACCCAUAUGAGCCUGAUGCUGGAUGGCCAAGCCCCCAUGGAGGCUCAGUAUGCAGAGGAGAGUCCAGGAUCCUGGAUCUUCAGCGCAGAGCCAGGAGACCCACUGCGGAGGCCCGAGGCCCAGCAGCAACCCAUCUCUUGGGCAGGGCGCUGGUGCACAGGGCGGCGCGGCUGGGCGGCGUUCGGAGCCCUGGCGUUGCUGGCUGGUGCAAGCAUUGGCUCCUGGCUUCUAGCGCUGUAUCUGUGGCCGGCUGCCUCUCAGCCUGUUCCUGGGACCCUGCAGGAUGAGGAUAUGAGCUUAAACUGCUCGGAGGCCAGCGGUGAGGAAGCCCUGCUCCCCUCGCUUCCCAGAGCAGUGUCUUUCAGAAUAAACACCGAGGACUUCUUGCUGGAAGUGCAGGUGAGGGCCCGGCCAGACUGGCUCCUGGUCUGCCAUGAGGGCUGGAGCUCUUCCCUGGGGGUACGGAUCUGCCGGAGCCUUGGGCAUCUCAGACUCACAGACCACAAGGCAGUGAACCUGUCUGACAUCAGGCUCAACAGCUCCAGGCAGUUUGCUCAGCUCUCUCCUAGACUGGGAGGCCUCCCGGAGGAGGUGUGGCAGCCCAGGGGCAGCUGUACUUCUGGUCAAAUUGUUUCCCUCAGAUGCUCUGAAUGUGGGACCAGGCCCCUGGCUUCCCAGAUAGUGGGCGGGCAGGCGGUGGCUCCCGGGCGCUGGCCCUGGCAGGCCAGCGUGGCCCUGGGUGCCCGGCACACAUGCGGGGGCUCCGUGCUGGCCCCGCACUGGGUGGUGACCGCGGCGCACUGUGUGCACAGUUUCAGGCUGUCCCGCCGGUCCAGCUGGCGGGUCCAUGCGGGGCUGGUCAGCCACAGCACGGUCAGGCCGCACCAGGGGGCUGUGGUGGAGCGGAUCAUUGCCCACCCUCUGUACAGUGCCCAGAGCCACGACUACGACGUGGCUCUCCUGCAGCUCCGGACCCCGCUCCACUUCUCAGACACCGUGGGCGCCGUGUGCCUGCCGGCUGAAGAGCAGGAUUUUCCAAGGGGCUCGCAGUGCUGGGUGUCUGGCUGGGGCCACACUGACCCCAGCCACACCCACAGGUCGGACACCCUCCGGGACACGGUGGUGCCCCUGCUCAGCACCCAGCUCUGCAACAGCUCUUGCGUGUACAGCGGGGCCCUCACGCCCCGCAUGCUGUGUGCCGGCUACCUGGACCAGAGGGCCGACGCGUGCCAGGGGGACAGCGGGGGUCCCCUGGUGUGCCUGGACAAGGGCACGUGGCGCCUGGUGGGGGUGGUCAGCUGGGGCCGCGGCUGCGCAGAGCCCAACCACCCCGGCGUCUACGCCAAGGUUGCCGAAUUCCUGGACUGGAUCCAGGACACGGCGCAGCCCAGGACUCCCUCCACUGGUCCUGUUGUUUCCUCAGUCUCAUUGCAUACCAGCCUCAUGUUUCCUGGGGUCUCUGGCAGGUCCACUAGAUGGAGGAGAAGCAGCAGCCCCGGAUGCAGAAGGUGUGGAUCUCUUAUCACUGCACAGGAGACAGUCACCACCCACCGGCCAGCCUCCAGGCCACAGGGCCUCUCCCCUCCAGCCCUGAUUUCCAGCCCCUCUAUCUCACCAGAGAGCCUCAAUGACAGGAGAGAAGCUGGGGUUGGGUUAGGAAGGUCGGGGAGCCGGGAGGUGGGGAGGGAGCAGCUGGAGAGGAAGAGGGUGCUGGCGGCAGUCAGAAGCCUGCCCUUCUGCCCCCACCCCCACCCCAGCCCCUGUGCGCAUCUUUUGGGAGGAUGCUCAGGGAUGCCCUGGGCCUGCCUUCUCCCUGUGCUCUCAGAGUUGCCUCCCCACACCUGCCCUGACGGUGUCACACUCUCCUCCCUUUGCCAGGCCACCUCCUACCGAUCCUUCAAACUCGUCAAUGAUUACUUCCUCCGUGAAGCUUUUCCUGACACCUACUUCUCCCUCGCCCGGGACACCUUCAUGUUUGGUGUCCUGGCACCUCUGCUCACACGAUUCUGA